AUGUUACGGCAUAUAAUAUUGUUAUUCGCUGUUUUUGUUUAUAUAACUGAAAGUUUGAGUAUCGUUACUCCUGGACCUACAUACCCACCAACGAAGGGAUCAGUAUGGCCAAAGCCACAUCAGCAAACGCAAACACAUUCAUAUUAUAAAUUAAAUCCAUCUACUUUUGUAAUUACGGAAAAAGGAAAAACAUGCGAUAUAUUAAAAGAUGCAAUCGAUCGGUAUAUGAAUGUAUUGCGGAAUACGUACUUGAUUGUGGAGAAAUAUUCAAGAAAAUUAUCAAAACAUGAAAGUGAAGUCGAAAAUUUGGAUGACAACUUUAAAGGAACAUUGCAGGAACUACAAAUUAACCUGACUGCACCAUGUGAGACUUAUCCACACUUGGACAUGGAUGAGAAAUACAGCCUUGAUGUUGCCAAAGUAUCGAUCCUCAACAGUGAUUCCAUAUGGGGCGUACUCAGAGGACUUGAGUCCUUCGUGCAAUUGUUUUACAUGGCAGAUGGAUACAAAAAUGUGUUUAUCAACGCAACUCAAAUCCAAGAUUUUCCGAAGUACACCCACCGAGGCCUUCUCGUCGAUACAUCAAGGCAUUACAUAACUGUACCAACUUUGCUAAAAACAUUAGAUGCCAUGGAAAUAAACAAGAUGAACGUUUUGCAUUGGCACAUAGUGGACGACCAGAGCUUCCCUUAUAAAAGCGAUAUGUUCCCUCAAUUAAGUGAUGCAGCGUACGAUCCUACAAUGGUAUACACUGCAGUUGAUAUCAAUCACAUUGUAUCCUAUGCAAGACGUAGAGGUAUACGAGUGCUACCAGAGUUCGAUGUGCCAGGCCAUACCAGCUCUUGGGGCGUUGCUUAUCCAAAUAUCCUAACAAAAUGCUACAGUCUCGGGCACGAAUUGGGUUUAGGACCAAUGGAUCCAACAAAGAACACCACCUAUAAACUGAUUGGUGACUUAUUCCGUGAGGUCCAAGAACGGUUCCCCGAUAAGUAUUUUCAUGUUGGUGGAGAUGAAGUCGAACUGGACUGUUGGAUAUCAAAUUCUGAAAUCCGUGACUUUAUGAAAGAACACAACAUGACAGAUGCUAGUGAACUACAUUCCUACUUCAUGGCAAAUGUAAUUCCAUUGCUGGGAGAUAGGUCUAAACCAAUUGUGUGGCAAGAAGUCUUCGAUGAGGGUGUAAGUCUACCCAACGGCACAAUCGUCCAAGUAUGGAAGAACACAGAAGCUAGAGAAAUGCAAAAUAUCCUAAAUGCUGGUUACAAAGUAAUUUAUUCAUCAUCAUGGUAUCUGGAUCAUAUUAAUGGCGGUGGAGACUGGUCCAAGUACUAUGGAGUUGAUCCUCGUGAAAUAGUUAAAGGAAGUGUCCCUGAAUAUAAAGAAAUCGAUGUUCUCGGAGGGGAAGCCUGUAUGUGGAGCGAAGUGGUAGAUGACACGAAUAUAAUUAGCAGAGUAUGGCCUCGUGCUAGUGCUGCUGCUGAAGCUCUGUGGAGUGGUCACAAAUACGAAACAAUGCCAUAUUUAAGACAUUGGUAUCAAUUCAGAGAAGACUCAUCACAUCUAGUAAGCAGACGUCUUGAAGAACAUGCAUGUCGCAUGAAUCGUCGUGGUAUAGACGCUCAGCCACCAAACGGCCCCGGAUUUUGUGUUACAGGAAAUUAA